CCCGCCCGCCUCGCUCCGCUCCCCUCCCCCGCCCCACACCCGCGCCGGCGGCGGCGGCGGCGGCAGGAGCCCGGAUGCGGCGCCGGGAGACGGCGGGGGGAGCGGCGCAGAUGGAUCCAACAUGGCGUCGCCGAGCCUGAGCCCGGGGAAGAGACCUGGGAAAUUAACUUCCUGGCAGAGCGCAGCGGGGCGUGCAGGUGCUGAGCAGGGGUUCCCGAAGGCGUCGCGCACCUGAGCCCCCAGCAUGGCGGGCCCGAAGCGCCGGGCGAGCCAGGCGUGGCCGGAAGAGCGGGGCGAGCAGGAGCACGGGCUGUACAGCCUGCACCGCAUGUUCGACAUCGUGGGCACCCACCUGACGCACAGAGACGUGCGCGUUCUGUCCUUUCUCUUCGUGGACGUCAUCGACGACCAGGAGCGGGGCCUCAUCCGAAACGGGCGUGACUUCCUACUGGCGCUGGAGCGCCAGGGCCGCUGCGAUGAGAGCAACUUCCGCCAGGUGCUGCAGCUGCUGCGCAUCAUCACUCGCCACGACCUGCUGCCCUACGUCACCCUCAAGAGGAGGCGGGCCGUCUGCCCCGACCUUGUAGACAAGUAUCUGGAGGAGACAUCGAUUCGCUAUGUGACCCCCAGAGCCCUCAGCGAUCCAGAGCCAAGGCCUCCCCAAUCCCCUAAAACAGUGCCUCCCCACUACCCUGUGGUGUGCUGCCCCACUUCGGGCCCUCAGAUGUGUAGCAAGAGGCCAGCUCGAGGGAGAGCCACACUUGGGAGCCAGCGGAAACGCCGGAAGUCAGUGACCCCGGACCCCAAGGAGAAGCAGACAUGUGACAUCAGGCUGCGGGUCCGGGCCGAGUACUGCCAGCACGAGACCGCUCUGCAGGGCAACGUCUUCUCCAACAAGCAGGACCCGCUGGAGCGCCAGUUCGAGCGCUUCAACCAGGCCAACACCAUCCUCAAGUCCCGGGACCUGGGCUCCAUCAUCUGUGACAUCAAGUUCUCCGAGCUCACCUACCUCGACGCCUUCUGGCGCGACUACAUCAACGGCUCGUUACUGGAGGCGCUGAAAGGCGUCUUCAUCACAGACUCCCUCAAGCAGGCAGUGGGCCACGAAGCCAUCAAGCUGCUGGUGAACGUGGACGAGGAGGACUACGAGCUGGGCCGGCAGAAACUCCUGAGGAACUUGAUGCUGCAGGCCUUGCCCUGACCCUCCCCUCCCAGGACUCCCCCUGGCCCUCGCCUCGGGAGCGCACAGACUGUCUGGGUUUGUUCUCGCCCCUUCCAACCAAUCACACCCCUGCCUUUUUUUUUUUUUUUUAAGGAAAAGACAAAGGAAAAUGGAAGUGGUGUCCCCCACCCCUCCCUGCACCCAUGUGCCUGGGCUUCCCAUGUCCCUUCCCACUCAGCCCGACGAGCCUGCAGCCACCUCGCCCCGGGCCCCGAGACGGGUGUGCAGGGAGGAGCCAAGUCCGUAGGACAGUGUGUGCAAGGGGCUGGAGCGAAGGCUGCGUCCGGUGCCCUGAGGGGCUCUCACAUGUCUGUCUGACACACUAAAGGGCUGUGAGUCAGGAAGCUGUGUUGUGUGGAAGGUGAGACUGAAGUGUCUUUUGGAAAUUAAUCACCAUCCUCUCCCAAAUUAUAGAGUUUUUUUAAAAGAAGCUGUGGCCCUUUCCACUCUCUCCUGGCCUCUGGUGCUGCUCCUCUCUGCCUCAUUCCCUCCCUUUCCGGGCUCGGCCCCGCCUCUCCCCCGGCCUAACCCUCUUCCCGGAGGAUGGGUGAGCUGGAUCAGCCUGGUCAGCCUCCCAGCCUGGCGUGUGUGCACACGCUGGGAGGAUGGGGGUGCUGAGGCGCAAACACCCCCCCUGAAGAGGGGAGGGGGAGCAUGACACUUGCUUCCCCCGAGCAAGUGGAAGUAAGUAAGGUGCCCUGCAGCCCUCCCCCCUGCUUGCUUCUGGCUCGGGCAAAGGGCGUCCAGGGGAAAGCGAAGUGAUUCGGUGUCGGGCCUCUUUGUCCUUCCCCGUCCACAUGCACUGAGUGUUGCACUUUCAUCUGGGGAGGAGGCGUGUUGAUGAGCCAGUGGCCUGGAACCGGGGCCAAGUCCAGCGGGCACAACACCAUCUCCUCCUCCAGCUCCCAAAGGAGGUGUCCAGACACAGACUUUAUGAUGAUUAUAUUUUUUUCAAUGCUAGUGCUGCUCAGCCCUCAGCAUAAUUUCAGUUUUCAUGAAAUAAACAGUGACUGUAUAAAA